AUGGUGAAAGAUCGACUGGCCGAAUUACAGGUAAUAUCACUAGUUUUUUCAUAUUAUUUUGAGGUACGUUAUUUUCUAAUUUUAGCGUUUGUCCUCCCAAAGCCGCGGUAAGAGCUCUAGCGUAAUAUUCAAUGGCACCUCAGUCCGUCUAGAAGAUGGGUUUCCCGUCGUUUCAGACGCCUUGCUGGAUCAAGAAGCCUGGAGUGAUAUGGAUACGGUAGGAGAGGUUAAUUUAAUUUUAUGAUUUUAGUUUCUGGCCAAUAUCGAGAAUAUACGAUCAAAAUUAGACGAGAUGGAAGCCUUGUUGAAACAAUUGGCUGAGAUUCAUCGGACGAUCUUGAUAUCUCCAGCAAGUGAUCCAAGUAAGGCUAACAUAUAUGAUGGAUUUUCAUCUGUUUAGAAUAUAAUGCAGAGAUGAAUGAAGUUGUCUCUAAUUUCAAAGCUUUGACAAAGAGUGUGUCCGGUUUUUUAAGUGGUCUGGCUGAAGAAGUGAAAAGAAUUGGGAAUCAGAAUGAUGCGUCAUCACGAAUAAAGAAGGAUCAGAGCAGAACCUUGACGAGAGCCUUUCACAAUCUGCUUAAUGAUUUUAACGAAGAACAACUGCAUUAUAAAUCACAAUGCGAGAAGACGAUUGCAAAGUUUUUAAGGAUCUGUAAGUCUUGUUAACUGGAUAUUUAUGGUAUCUUUAGCUGGAGUCCAGCUGGAUGAAGAUCAGGUAGAUCAGGCGAUUGAGAAGGGUGAACUCUUCAAUACAGUAUCCCUUUUGAUGGGUGACAGGGAGAAGAAGGCCUUGUAUGAAGAUGUGAAGUCGAGGCAUGACGACAUAAUAAAAUUAGAGGCGUCUAUCAGGGAAUUGCACGAAAUCUUCCAGGAUAUGGCAAUGCUGGUUGAAAGUCAGGUGGGCUGUUAAUAGAUUCUUCUGUACGACGUGUGUUAUAGGGUGAGAUUCUUGACAGAAUCGAUCAGAAUGUCCAAUAUGCUACGGAUUACUCAAAGAAAGCUUUAUCCAAUGUGAAUCAAGCGCAACAAGCUCAGCGGAGGAACAUGAUGGUAAUGUAGUGUUACUGUCUUUAUACUCAAUUUCAUUGUUUACCAACACGUUUAAUUUCAGCUCAAAUUUGGCAUUUUGAUCUGUGGGAUCAUCACAGUAAUCAUUCUUUUUAUCGUCUUCAGUGCGGCCUUUUGUAUGUACUUGCCUUUCGUUUGUCGUUAAUAUCAACAAGGUUAUCAUCUCAACAGAUCAGCUAAUCAAUCAGUGCCAGAAGUUUUACGUCAUUAAGUAA